AUGUUGUCCUCAAUAAUCCUCAACCUGGCAUCUUUGGGUCUUCUGUCCUGCUUGGGUACUGCCGCUGCAGCCUUGCAAUCAGGAGUUUUGUUCCAAGCCAACAUUACCACUGGACAACAAACAUCUUUCGGUCCUGGUCCUAAGGGUACCAGACUUUCUAUACCAAUUCUUGGGGGCACACUUACGGGAUCCAAGCUUUCAGGCGAGGUGCUGAGCAUAGGCGCAGACUGGGGCCUCAUUGACUCGAAGGGCACGUUCAACGUCGACGCCUACUAUCAAAUUCGCACCAACGAUGGCGUCGACAUUUUUGCCCACUCCCAGGGCCCUAGCCAGCCGGAUGGACGCAUUUUGACGCACAUCACACUAGAGACUGGUAAUGACGAGUACUACUGGGUGAACAAUAUCGCAAUUGCUGGAAUUACGACGGUUGGUAAUGAUUUCAUCGUCAUAGAGGCGUACCAGCUCACCCCGGAUGCCUGA